AUGUAUUUUGGCAACACCUGCCCAGUACCUUGGAAUUCAAACAGUGGUGUAGCGUCUUCUGCUUUGGCUGGUGGCCUUGCGCUUCCUGCAUCUGCGGCCACGCUUACUAUUACUGCCGACGUCAAUGGAACUCAUACUACUGGAACUGGUAUCACUCCUUCUCAAUCGUUCUCGCGUCUUCUCGUUCCAACCUACUCGACUAAUCCCAGCACCGAUCAUGCAUUGAUUCAGAAGAAAACCUUCCGAUACUUUGAGCGAAUCACAAAUAAAUUUGCUGUUGCUCCAGUCGCUUCCUUCACUUGGACGGUCAGCAAUGGCAUUGCUAAUCCCAAACGUUUGAUAACCGCAGGUGCGACUGUAUCAGAUAUGAUUAAUCUCUUCCGUAGCCCAUUUUCGACAUUACCUGCUACGACACGUCCAUUUGCUACAUUGAAAAAUCUGCAGAUCACAUUUGGAAAGGUCCCUAUCUGGAACAACUCCGUGAGUUUCGAAUAUGAUUUUCUCGUGCAAGAGAUGUCAAAGUCAGGCUGUGAUGGAGGUCUUGAUGAUGUUGUCUUGGCUGGUUGGCUAUCUCAGCGGCAAUGGGAAUCACUUUAUCGAUUUGAUGCUGUUGAUAUUGGUCGUCGUCUUCCAAGUGAAGAUGGUGCAAGCAGGAAUAUUAUCGUGUCUGCUGCAACUACGCUCUCACCAUUUAUUACCACGUAUUGUGUGAGGUUGUAG